UAUAGAAAAAGACGGAGCUGAAGCGGACGUAGAAGAAAAAGUAGUAGCACCAGCAUUAUUGAGGCGAGAGGUCGCAGCAGCCUGACUUCUCUGUUGUUGACUUUGGCGUGGGAUCAGGGCGAAACCAACAUCCAGUGUCAGACCGCAGUGUGGUGUUGAAUCAGCAUCAUGGCACUUCUCAGAGGUGUUUUUGUCGUAGCUGCUAAGCGCACUCCAUUUGGCACCUACGGUGGUGUGUUGAAGGAUCACAGUGCGACAGACCUAGCAGAGUAUGCAGCCAAAGCUGCCCUGGCUGCAGGGGGUGUGGCACCAGAGCUGAUAAACAGUGUUAUUAUGGGAAAUGUCAUGCAAGGCUCAGACCCACGCUCGUCACGUGGGUCUGAGGUGUGGUGUUCCAGUUCCAGUGCCUGCACUUACAGUGAACAGAUUGUGUGGAUCUGGUUUUCAGGCCAUUGUCAGUGGUGCUCAGCUGGAGGACACUAUGUGGGCCGGUCUUACUGACCUCCAUAUAAAAAUCCCCAUGGGCAUAACAGCAGAAAACCUAGCAGAGAAAUACCAAAUCACCCGGGAAGACUGUGAUAACUACACAUAUCAGACACAACAGAGAUGGAAGGCUGGGCAUGAGGCUGGUCACUUCGCAGCAGAAAUCGCCCCCAUUGACAUAAAAGCUAAGAAGGGAAAGGUUCCUGUGACUCAGGACGAACACCCUCGGCCUCAGACCACAGUGGAACAGAUGGCAAAACUGGCUCCUGUUUUUAAGAAGCAAGGAACAGUCACCGCUGCCAAUGCCUUGAUGCACCUACAUCUUUGCAGAGUGACGGUACGCCAAUCCAGGUCGGCGACUGGGUGCUGAUAAAGGUCAUAAAAAGAAAGUGUUCGUCGAGUCCAAAGUAGGAACUCCCAUACCAGGUCCUGCUGACGACGCUUACGGCCAUAAAGACUGCUGAAUGACCAUCUUAGAUUAAUCUUUCGCAUUGCAAGAGACAGAGGUUCUUGGUACAGGAUCCAAUUGGUUGAGGGGAAGUCCGACUACAAAGGGGUGUACUUAUAUAGAAGCUAUACGUCUCAACAUUGGUGAAGCAGGGAGAUCCUCAGCCAUUUAGCGUGAUUACUGUAUUGGGCUAACCAUAGUCCUACAGACAUAAGAUGAUGGACAAGAGAGUGAAGUGCUGGUAACCUCUCCUCUCAAAAUUAUGACGACAAAAGAUACUCGACCCAAGCCAAAACCAUGGCACCCAUUCCACAGAUUGGGUAUUUCACAGCGACUCUCUGUGUGCAUACUGAUAAUCAUAGGGGUCGUCUUGAUACUACCCAUCAUAUUAAUCCUGGAAGAACCAUUGAGGAACAACACCACCACUAACCACCCUUCAACGAUGAAAGAUCCAGAACAACACCAUUCACACAAGAGAGUAAAAAGAGAAAACACUGAAGCAAGGAAUGAUUCUAAAUGUUUAAAUAACUAUGGUGGUAUUACUCUUGAAUAUAUUAGCCCGAUGUGAACAGAAUCGGCUGCCCGUAGAGGAUCAUGAACAUGAUAGUAGGAUAUGGUAGGAUAUGGUAGUAGGAUAUACAGGUCAAUGGAUUCCCACAAUGUCAGAUAAAAAUGUGUACAGAGACAAAGACAUUUGGAAUCAAUUGAAAAUCCAACGUGAUUUUUCCAACACCCAAAAUCCGAUCACUAUGUCCCUGAAUUGGACUAAAUUACCAACGGGGAGUAAUUGGAAACUUUCUGGUAAAACAAAUCAAACUGAAAACUUAUAUAUUUGGUCCUUGGAGUAGAUAAGACUGGAGUAGAUCUAAUGGGAUUCAUUAGAGUAGUAAUUAGGAAUGAAAUAACGAAACAUGACAACUUUGUUGACACCUGUAACUCAAUCUUUCCACCAAUUUCUAAUAAAACUAAAACAGGAGCAUUUACUCCUCAUAAAGGCAAAGGAGACUAUGUGUGCUAUGAAAAUGAAUGUGUUAUGAAAAACCUAGCCUAAGGAGCCAUAAUGCAGGAUUAUGAGAAUUUGGCAUUCAUCAAUGAUAAACAGGAAGGAAAUGUUG